GCCCCAUGCGUAAUUUCCAAAGCAGCGAUUGAAAGAUGAAACUCUCAACUCAAUUUGAUUUUCAGUCGCCAUACACUUUCCAAAAGUGAGGGGAGAGAGAGAGAGAAUGGUGUCAUACAUGAACUUGGUGUUGUAUGGAGUGGGAGGCAUAGUGGUAGCCGGAAUGGCAUUGCUGGUGGCGUUCCAGGAAAAGCUAGUCUACGUGCCGGUCUUGCCUGGUCUCACCAAGUCCUAUCCCAUGACCCCCGCUCGUCUUCGCCUCAUCUACGAGGACGUCUGGCUCAGAUCCUCCGAUGGUGUUCGCCUCCAUGCCUGGUUCAUCAAACUAUUUCCUGACUGCCAAGGUCCAACCAUACUCUUUUUCCAAGAAAAUGCUGGAAAUAUUGCCCACCGCCUUGAAAUGGUGCGUAUAAUGUUGCAAAGGUUGCAAUGCAAUGUAUUUAUGCUUUCCUACCGAGGUUAUGGUGCUAGUGAUGGCUACCCUUCUCAACAUGGAAUCAUAAGGGAUGCUCAGGCUGCAUUGGAUCACCUCAUUCAGAGGAAAGACAUUGACACAUCUAGAAUAGUAGUAUUUGGGAGGUCUCUUGGUGGUGCGGUUGGAGCUGUGCUUACACAAAACAACCCUGACACGGUCACGGCACUCAUAUUGGAGAACACUUUCACAUCGAUUCUAGACAUGGCUGGAGUUUUACUACCCUUUCUGAAGUGGUUUAUUGGAAAAAGUUGUUCAAAAGGCCCUGGGGUUCUCAAUUUUCUAGUUCGUUCUCCAUGGAAUACCAUUGAUAUCAUUGACCAGAUCAAACAGCCAAUCCUUUUCCUCUCUGGAUUACAAGAUGAAAUGGUCCCUCCAUCUCACAUGGAAAUGCUAUAUGCUAAAGCAGCUGCACAUAACAGGCAAUGCACCUUUGUGGAAUUUCUUACUGGCAUGCAUAUGGACACAUGGCUGGCAGGUGGUGACCGCUAUUGGAGAACAAUUCAGCUGUUUCUGGAGCAAAAUGCUCCUGAGAAGAAGGAUGAUGAAUCUUCUGGCACAGGUAACGAUCCAGAGGCAAGGUGACUGGAUGAGAUUCAGGCUCCUCAAGUGUAUCAAUUCGACCCACUUUAAUCUCAAAACUUCUUGUGCCUUUCUUUAACAUUGCAGUGCCUGAAAGCUCCUUGUGAUCGCCGGUGAAGGGAUGCUGUGUGCUUCCAGAUACAUUUUUUUUGGAAGAUAUGGUAAAAUGUGGAUGCUCUUUGGUAUACUAUAUGACCCCAACACAUGCUCACUAUUUUGAUCAAGUCUAACUGAUUCACUUUGUAUGAAACGAUGUGUUAUAAAAAUUGAAAAUAUACACUUCAAUUGAAUCGAUGGACCGAAGUUUUUGUUUCUCGAUAUGGACUGAACAUGAUAUCGGAUGCCCAAUCCAUUUUUAGUAUUUGUGUUUUUAAUUAAUUAGCGGGUGGACUAUUUUCAGUUUGAUUGGACAAUUUUAGUUUUUCACCAAGCAUCUUUUCUACUUACUCAUGGUU